UACGGUUUCCGGGUGUCACGCCGCGAAGGUUCCCCCGACCGUUUUCGCUGAUGACGAUGGCGGUGGACGAGGAGAACGUUCUGUAUGAUCUGUUGGUUCACAGCGAGUGGCUGCAGGAGAGCGAGGCACCGUCUAGAAGCAACCGAGAACGUGGAUCCGUUAUUGUAAAGACCAUUUCUGGUCCCUUUAAAUUUAUCGUUCAGUAUGUCGGAUAUAGCCACUCCAGCUCUUUGCUCUCUCCUAGUUUUGCCCAGCUGGUUAAUAAACAGAUCAACUGGCAACUUGUUGUGGCCAGAAAUGGAAAGUUGUUGGCAGUGGUUCAGGACCAGUGUAUUGAGAUCAGAUCUGCAAGAGAUGAAUUUGGUUCUAUCAUUGGAAAAUGUAUAGUUCCAAAAGACCCCAACCCCCAGUGGCGUCGUGUGACAUGGAGUCACGAUUGUACACUGUUGGCUUAUGCUGAAAGUGGAGGCACAGUGAGAGUGUUUGACUUAAUGGGCAGUGAACUUUUCGUCAUUCUACCGACUGCCAGCUCUGCAGGUGACCUUAGUUAUGCUGUGGCAGGGUUGAUAUUCCUGGAGUCCAAUGACAGUGCUCAGUGUUCAACAGAACUUCUGGUUGUGAACUAUCGGGGGCAGUUGAAAAGUUACUCAGUCAGUGUUGGAACCCACCAAAGUUUCCAAGAAAAUCACAGCUUCAACUUUAACAGUCAUUAUUCUCAUGGUGUUAUUACAGUGAUCUAUCAUUGUGGCCACAGGUUACUGCUGGUAGGAGGCUGUGAGACCAGUGAAGAAGGAGUUUCUAAAGCUGCCAGUUAUGGAAUAACUGCCUGGCGAGUUCUUUCUGGUGCUCCAUAUUACAAGCAGGUCACCAACUAUGAGGAUGAUGUCGGUGCUUCACAAAGAGGUUUAUUGAGGAUGCUCAAUUUUCGUGGCUUUUGGAGACGAGAACCAAAACAGGAUGGGGUUUUCAAAAUGAGUUUGUCUCCUGAUGGAACACUCCUGGCUGUCAUCCAUUUGUCUGGACAGUUGACUUUUUGGGAGCUUCCUUCCCUGAGGCAACAGAAAGAAUGGAGACAAGAUGUACAGGAUGGAUUUGAUGCCAUUAAUCCUGAAUGGGCGAAAUCAGUGGAGAAAAGGAAGAAAAUAAAAGACAGAUCAUCAUUUUAUCCCCUGUGUGAUGUAAACUGGUGGGCUGACAAUGCAGUCAUUCUGGCUCGCUGUUCUGGUGCUUUAACUGUAUCAUCUGUGAGGACAUUGAAAAACCUACUUGGUCAGUCUUGUGAAUGGUUUGAGCCUUCACCUCAAGUCAGCGCUGCCCAUGAUGGAAGCUUUAUGAGUUUAGAGUGUGAAGUAAAGGUAGCUUACAAGAGGCAUCGUUUGGAAGCUAAUUCAUUAGAUGAUGACGAAGGUGAGGAGGAUUCUGACUCGGAUGACGAAUCCUCUGCCAAAGCUCGAUAUUUUGGUUAUGUGAAGCAGGGCUUGUAUUACUUGACAGAAAUGGAGCGCUUUGCUCCCCCUCGAAAGCGACCACGAACAAUCACUAAAACUUACAGGCUAGUAAGUUUGAGAUCUACUACUCCAGAGGAACUCUAUCAAAGAAAGAUUGAUAAUGAAGAAUAUGGUGAAGCAUUGGCUCUUGCACAAGCCUAUGACCUUGACAGUGACCUGGUGUAUCAAAGACAAUGGAGAAAAUCUCCUGUUAAUAUAGCUUCUAUUCAGGACUACCUGAGUAAAAUUAAGAAACGUUCAUGGGUGUUGCAUGAAUGUGUGGAGAGAGUGCCUGAAAAUGUUGAUGCGGCCAGAGAACUGCUUCAAUAUGGAUUGAAAGGAACUGACCUGGAAGCACUUAUAGCUAUCGGAAAAAGAGAAGAUGGUGGCAGAUUCAUUUUGCCUGGAGACGUCGACAUUGAUGAUAUUCCCUAUGAGGAAUAUGUGUCGCCAGUUGAAGAGAUGCAGAGGAGAAAAGAAAAAGAGACAGCAAAGAGACAGGAGCUGCUCCAACUGGUGGAUUUUUCCAUGCUGACAUUAGAACAGAAAGAGCUUUGUCGCUGUAGAUUGAAACUGUUAACCUACUUAAAUCGCCUAGCAACAUAUGAGGAAAUCCUUGGAGGGCCCCAUGCUGCUGAACGAAGAUAUGAUUCAGAAUUCUUCAAAAAAUUUAGAAGCCAGAACAUUGUAUUAUCAGCAAGAACGUAUGCAAGGGAGAGCAAUGUUCAGGCUUUGGAGAUUCUGUUCACUUACCAUGGGUCAGAUCUGCUACCUCAUCGAUUGGCCAUUCUUUCAAACUUUCCUGAAACAACAACUCCUCAUGAGUAUUGCUUUCUUCUGCCAGAAGCUAGAUAUGUUGACGAGCAUGGUGAUUUGGUGGCACUGCCAUGGAAUGAACAAAGACACCAGGAUCUAGAUUGGUGCGAAGAACCAAAUCUAAGAAUGGUCAUAGAUUGCAGUCCGCAAGAUGUAGCUGAAUUUCUUUAUGAAGAACAGCCUGAACUGUUGAGGUACAGAACAACGGAGCCCUCUAUUGAAUGUCUCACUCGGUGGUAUCAGAAGCGUGCAGAGGAGAUUGAGAGCUACUCUAGGCAGGUGGAUUGUGCCUUAUCUCUAGUACGUCUUGGCAAGGAGAGGAACAUCCCUGGAUUAGAGGUUCUCUGUGAUGAUCUGAUCACUCUGGAAACACUCGUGUAUGAAGCAGGGGCUGAUCCAACUCUUUCACUGAAGGAACUGCAACAGAUGAAAGACAUUGAUAAACUGAGGCAAUUACUGAUCAAUGUAGGAUGUACAAAUUCAUCUGAGGAAAUGUAUAUAAAGAAUGUGUACCAAUGGGUGGUUCCAUUCCUGCACCGCUGCGAGAGUCAAAAUACAGGACUUGCAGAUGAACUGCUAAGAGAGUACUUAGUAACAGAGGCAAAAGAGGAUUUAAAAUACCCAUUGAAGAUAUUUCAGCAAUCUAAACCUGACUGUCAGCAGAAAAUUAUUCCUGACCAUCACCAGUUAAUGGCAGUAGCCCUAGAAUGUCUCUACAACUGUGAUCGAGAUGAUCAGCUGUCUCUCUGUUAUGACGUGCUUGAAUGUUUACCACAGAGAGGUUUUGGCCAAGAAACAGAAGUGACAAAAACUCUACAUGAUCAGGUUGACUUGUUGGAACAACAUCUAAGUGUGGCAGAACUUUUGGAAAAGCAUGGUCUGCAGAAACCAAUCUCAUUUGUAAAGAAUACACAGUCAAGCCCAGAUGAGGCUCGCCUGCUUAUGGUGCGGUUAACCAGACACGUUGGGCGCAAGAACCCACCAGUAAGCGAGAAUGAGUGGCGAGGCUUGCUGCAAGACCUGUUGGAAAUGCAACGUUCAGUAUACAAGUGUCUGGACUUCAAUAUCUGCUAUGAGAUAUUCACCGAGAGUCUACUAUGUUCUAGCCGUUUGGAGAAUAUCCGCUUGGCUGGGCAAAUGAUGCACUGUAACAGAGUAUCCGUCGACCCUCCCAUUUGUGCUGUUUCCAGAAGCAAGAUACAAUCCAAAGUCAGCUUUGAGAAAAGCAUCAAAUUGGUUCUUGCUGCUGCCAGAGAGUAUUUUGACUCAUCAGCCACCUUGACUGAUAAUUGCAUGGAUUUGGCCAGGUGCUGCUUACAACUCAUCACAGAUUGCACUCCUGUCAUUCAAGAAGAGCUGGAUCUCAUCAAUGCUCUCAAUCUGCUAGAGGAGUUCAACAUGAACAUCUUGCCUAUGCAAGUACGUAUGUGCUCAGACCGACUCCAACUCAUAAAAGAGUGCAUUGCUCAAUGUCCGACAGCCUACAAACAGUCAAAAAAGCUCCUGGGGCUUGCAGAUUUGCUGAGAGUAGCAGGACAGGAUAAGACACAGAGGAAAGGGCAGGUAUUGGUUCUCCUGGCUGAACAAGCCCUUCAGUAUCAAGAUUACAAAGCUGCCAGUAUCCAUUGCCAAGAGCUUAUGUCUGCAGGUUACAGUGCUGGUUGGCAGGUGUGCAGCAAACUGGGGCAGUCAGAUGGGUAUCAUGACCUGACAACUCGGCAGGAACUAAUGGCCUUUGCUCGCACUUAUUGCCCUCCUAAUGUUAUCCAGUCUCUUCUAGCUGUCAGCAGCUCACUUCAAACGCAGAUUUUGUAUCAAGCUGUGAAUUAUCAGAUUCAACCAUCAGAGAGCAGCGAGUCUAUAAAUUCUACAGGCCAUGCUCAGCAGACUGAUACACAAGCUUCAACUAGUUCAUCUACUGCCCUGCUUCAACGAACAACUGCAAAAACCAUGGAAGUUCUCAGUAAUACUUCCAUGACGACUAAGGCAGUGCUGCAUGCUGUCAGUGAUGCACAGUGGUGGAAGAAGUCGCUAAGUUACCUGAGACCUUUACAUGACCGGGGGCCAGAAGCUACAUUAAAAGGUGUGGCUGGUGUAAAUGGAGAUUUGGAAAAGCAAGGCUGUCAUCCUUUCUAUGAAUUCCUCAUUGAUGAUCCCUUUGUUGACAAAGAUGAAGUAAACUACGCAAGUUACCAAUACAAUGCUCUGGAGAACUUUGCAGAAGUCUUGCUGAGAGCUGGGAAAUUGUCUGAAACCAAAAGUGAAGGGGAAAAUCUAUUUCCUGCCACAGAAGUUCUUUUGCAACUAGCCAGCAAUGCUUUACCCAAGGAUAUGACCCUGGCCCUAGCCUACCUUCUGGCCUUACCUCAGAUUGUGGAUGCUGCUAAAUGCUUUGAGAAGCAACCUCAUUCAGCUUUGUCCCUACAGUUCGCUGGAUAUUAUUAUGCCUUACAGAUCUAUGUACGCUUAAGUCCAUGUUUUAAGGACAAGUGCCACCCUCUAUACAAGGCUGAUCCCAAAGAGGUAAUUAAAAUGGUCACAAAACACGUGACUGAAAAUGCAGACUUCAGUUGGUCAGAAGAAGUGCAGGCGCUGAUUCAUCACCUUAACUAUUACAAUGACUUGUUGACAGACUUCACACAAGCUCAGACACUUCAAGGCCUUGGCAAAGGUGUGGAUGUGCAGCGAUUCGCAACAGAUAGCCAAUAUAAAAGGGAGACAAUUUUAGGCUUAGCAGAAACCUUGGAGGAAAAUGUGUACAAGAUCUCUCUGUCUUUGGCUCAGCGUUAUAAUGUCCCACUCUGGGAGGUUUACAUGACACAUUUGGAAUUUCUUUUCACUGAUAGUGGGCUUUCAACUUCAGAAAUUGAAAGUAGAGUCCAAACUCUUGACCUUUUUGAUGUCCUAAGAACCAACCCAGAAGCUUUUCAUGAGCACAUGACAAAAUAUGUUUACCCAGGCAUUGACGGUGUGGACCACAUCCGAUUACUUUAUUAUUUUACUCUGCUGGAAAACUGUAGCUGUGCCGAAUUUGUGAAACAGCCCAUCAAACCGGACACUCACGUAAAGCUUCUGAAAAAGCUAAAGGUCGUUACACCAGACCUUAAUUAUAAGAAGCUGACAGAUGGAGACUCUGAUCCUUUGGAAUCUUUGGAGCCAGUUCUUACCAGCCAUAAUGUCUUAUCAGUUUCCAAACUGGCACCUAAAAUUCCUGGGAAAGAUAGCAUCAUGCUUUCACCAAGCCUCAUCUAUGCUACAUGGCUUCAUAAGCUUUUCUGGACUGGAGAUCCCCAGCUUAUUAAAAAACCACCACAGGAAAUAGCUGAAUGGCUGCAUGCCUACGAUACAUGUGCAAAAUAUUUUGACAGGCUUUUCCCUGAAGAUAUAAUUGGAUUAAUAGAUAACAUCACCUUCUCUGCUAAUUCAGUGAACAAGCUGAAUGUUCAAGCUAGGUUGGAGAUUACUAAAAGAGCGAUGAAAGCAAUCAAACAAACCAGUGAGAAGCAAAAGAAAAAGACUUUAGAAGGCAGCAUCCCACCUGCUUCAAAUUCCCAAGUCAGCUAUGAAGAGACUUUGACUCAUCUACAGCAAUCAUUCGCUCAUCUAGAAACACUCAACCACAGCUUUGUACGCUCCCUAAAGGCCAGCAACCAGGGCCUAUUCCAAAAAUACUAUCAACUAUAUGAUCUUUCGAGAUCGGAGAGCAGUAAACUGCAAAACCUGGUGGUUACUAUGGUUCUAGAUGGACAGCCUCUUGAUAUGAUGCAGCAGAUGCUGCUAGUUGCUGUAGAAUCUCAAGACAUAUCUCCUAAGGCUGUCGUACAAGAUGCUGUACAGAGAGUAAUAAAUGUACUAAGUGAUACCAGUACAGAGGUCCUAUCGGAAAAGGACCCACUUAAAGUUCUUGAAGGUAUUGUCAAAUCAGUACAUUCCAGUGUUGUGGAUGGGGGCACCCUCGUAUCUUCAGAUGAUCUCUUGACAUGGCUGAGACCUUUUUGCAGUGAUGCAGAUUUGCCCGUAAAGCCUCGUAUUUAUGUUCUGCAAGUUCUUGAGCAGGCAUUUGACCUUAGUGAUGAGGACAGCAAAUUACUUGUGCUGUUCAGAACUCAAGCUGUUCUGAAUGUGUGCUGGCCAGAGAAACAGGUUAAUGUAAGUGACAUUGAGAAUGAAGAGAAACGUUUCCUGCUCUUUUUGGAGUUGCUAGAAUGCAGUAACCAAGGGACUGAAUUUCAACAUUUGGUGCUACUCCUUCAGGCUUGGCCACCCAUGAACAACGAAGUCAUGACAACCGAGAAGGAUAACGUUUGGAUUAAGCUUGUUACUGCCAUGUUGGUAAAAUGUGCCCCUGAACAGAAAAGUACUACUGGAAAUGAAAUACUUGCCAUCUGCCGAUCUCUCUACUUGACAAAGCACAAACUACCAUUUCAGUAUGUGAAACAAAUUUGCCUGCUGCUCCUCGAUCAAGCCAUCCUGCUGCCAGCAUUGAAGCUUGGGAUAGAAAGUGGUAACCAUGAGCUACAGGCAUUGGCAAUGGAACAGAUGAGAGCUAUUGCUCAGAUCGAUGCUUCCACUUGUGAUUCAGAGCUGCUUUCCUUGCUGCUGAACAAUAAAUUAGUGGCAGACUGUGUAUCUACUGUUUUCUACCCUCACCUUAUAAAACAUCUUUUGGCCAAUCGUGAGGAAGGGCAGUACAGUGUUGAAGAGAUAGCAGAACAAUUGAAUCGAGCAGGCUGCACUGCAGAGGGAGGUUCUUUACUGAUGUAUCACAAGGCAACACAUCCAUCGCUAUGUACAUUUAGUGCUGCAUUAAGUGUUACAAAGAGGUGGUUAUGAAAGGAUUGUGCCUCACUUGCAAAGUUGCAGGAAAAGAACAAAGCAUGGACUUCCUGCCGUACUCAUCUUCAAUCGGAUGCUGGGGUGAAGGUUAACAUUAGUGUAAUUGCUACCUGGAAACGUUCGUACUUCUGGCAUUCAGUCCGUGAUAUUGGUGUGGUUGUAUAAACAACUUUCCAACUGUGCAUUACUGAAAAUUAGACUUUAAAAAUUCUUCAAUUAAUAAAAAAAAUUAACAAGUUCUGAUGUAAAAAAAGUUAUGCCCCAGUAGUGUACUUCAGCUUACUCCUAGAAUUGUCAUUGUGAAAUAGUGUAUUAAGAUUUUCAAAUAAACUUGCAAUUUUAAA